GCAAGCCUUCCGGACUUGGCGAGGCUAUCCAUGCUUCAGAGGCAGGCUCCUCCUGGGAUUUUUCCUCCCUGUGUUCCUGGUAGUGAAUUGUUGCCGGUGUGUUGGCCACUCUGCUUCCUCUGGUCUCUUUCAAGAUUUGAUCAUUUUAGAUGCUGUUCGGGGAGAGCAAGACCUUUUGUUAGCACGGAGAUUUCAGCAAUGAUUUUGGAGCCUCUCUAAGUAUUUUCAGAGUUCCUGGGGACACUAGCUCUCACCCUGGAGCAGGUUUCUGCCUUUGACUUGCAUGGAUUACUUUUUCAGGCUGCGGAGUUUCUCGGCACCCACCUGCCCUGCGGGCCACUCGGUUUGGUGGCCGAGUAAGAAGGUGGAAGACUGGGCUGCGCUCGGUGCAGCAGUUGAAACCUUUUUUGAGCAGGAUCUCUGACUUUGGCUCAUGCCCCGUGGAUUCCAGUGGGCCCGGCAGCGCAACAGGUUUGCCGAUUGCUUGGGGGAAAUUUUUUAUUUUAAGUUUCCCUUCAGCUUCAACAAAAGAAAAGAAUCUCUGUAACAGAUUCAUGGUCAGUUGCUUGGCUUUCCAGCGUGUAGUCUGGAGACUCUAUACGAUUUUUUUUUUUUUAGCUUGACCUCUGUCUGAACAAGUGGGUUUUGUGGGGGAAGUGCAUUGAUAUUUACUUAAGGGUGCAUAUUUUAAAAUCGGACUCUCUACUUGUACCAAGACCCAACUUCUCAAAUGUGCCCAGAAGUAACCCAGCGCGACAACACUCAGGCUUAUUUUUACUUUUUCAGGGUGUUCAGCACAGCGCCUGUGACUAAGCACCUCCCUUACCCCCCUUUACUUUAUUCCCUACCCCCUCAAGGAAUUUGAAAACGUGUUCGGAAUAGUCCUUUGUUUUUCUUAUGGACCCAGAAAAUUACGGAUUAUGAUAUCUGGGUAGUAACGUAGCUUCCAUGGGAAAUGAGCGUGCUCGGCAUUCUCAGGCUGGAGAACAAGAGACCAAGAACAUGGAGACAGAGAGGUGACUUUCAACCGCAAAGAAAGCACCAGAAAGCUGACCUUUUCAAGAGCUCCCCUAAUUAUGAAAGUGGUGAUUCUCCGGAUUAGCGUGUGAAAUGUGAAGACAUGGGCGUUUGUCACUUACUUCAUAGGCAGGUUUUAGUAGAACCCCCCAAAUUACAGUGUGUCCAAGCUCAGGAAGAGUCUUCCUGCUCCACGGGCCUCGGACGUAGGCUGUAGUGACACCCCGCUUCCUGUGGAAACCCUUCUGAGUGCGUGUGGUAGCAUCUUUCCUGAGAUUGUGUAGGACUGUUUGCUUUCCUCUCCCAUUUAAAGAGGAAAUCGCCUUGACCUUUUGGGUCAUUUGCCAUUCCCAGAUUUUGUGGUUUGCAAGGGGCCACUUCUUCAUUUUCGGAGCUGGGGUUCUUCAUGCGCUCCUUGAACGCGUGGCCUUAGCCACUGACUUGGCCUUGUUUUGUUCAUGAACAUUGGCUUCAGUGGCUCAGCGACUUGAUACAUAUGGAAAACCAACCCCGAGUGAUCUGGCAUCAAAAUUCAUGAUGUGACUGACAUUCAGCCUCCAGCAGAGUUGGAAAUCCCAAAGAGACGCUGUGCGAUCUUUACUUGGCAGGGGAAAGAUGGGAGAAAGGGGCAUGCCUGCAGCAGAGGUGGGCUGAAAACAUCUCUGCGCUGCCUCAUCAGGAAGGCCACCUGUUUUGGGGACGAUGCUUCAGAAAAAGAGCCAAAACUUUGACUUGGCUUUCUGAAACGGAAGCCUAAGUUCCCGUUCCCUCCAUUUCUCUGGAUCUGGGGCCUGCGUUUGGUAUUAGCCGCGGAAGCAAUAUGUUUGGCCGAAGUGCAUUGCUGCACCUGGCAGCAUGAGUGGCGGCCACCAGCUGCAGCUGGCUGCCCUCUGGCCCUGGCUGCUGAUGGCUACCCUCCAGGCAGGCUUUGGCCGCACAGGACUGGUACUGGCAGCAGCGGUGGAGUCUGAGAGAGCAGCGGAGCAGAAAGCGAUUAUCAGAGUGAUCCCCUUGAAAAUGGACCCCACGGGAAAACUGAACCUCACCUUGGAAGGCGUGUUUGCUGGUGUGGCUGAAAUAACCCCAGCAGAAGGAAAACUAAUGCAGUCCCACCCCCUGUACCUGUGCAACGCCAGCGACGACGACAACCUGGAGCCUGGAUUCAUCAGCAUCGUCAAACUGGAAAGUCCCCGGAGGGCCCCCCGCCCCUGCCUGUCUCUGGCCAGCAAGGCCCGGAUGGCAGGUGAGCGAGGAGCCAGCGCUGUCCUGUUUGACAUCACUGAGGAUCGAGCUGCUGCCCAGCAGCUGCAGCAGCCCCUGGGACUGACUUGGCCGGUGGUGUUGAUCUGGGGCAGCGACGCGGAGAAGUUGAUGGAGUUUGUGUACAAGAACCGAAAGGCCCACGUGAGGAUCGAGCUGAAGGAGCCCCCAGCCUGGCCGGAUUAUGACGUGUGGAUCCUUCUGACAGUGGUGGGCACCAUCUUUGUGGUCAUCCUGGCUUCCGUUCUACGCAUCCGGUGCCGCCCCCACCCCAACCGGCCGGAGCCCCUUCAGCAGCGAACAGCCUGGGCCAUCAGCCAGCUGGCCACCAGGAGGUACCAGGCCAGCUGCAGGCGGGCCCGGGCUGAGUGGGCAGACUCAGGGAGCAGCUGCAGCUCGGCGCCCAUGUGUGCCAUCUGCCUGGAGGAGUUCUCUGAGGGGCAGGAGCUACGAGUCAUCUCUUGCCUGCACGAGUUCCACCGCACCUGCGUGGACCCCUGGCUACAUCAGCAUCGGACUUGCCCUCUCUGCAUGUUCAACAUCGUAGAAAGCGACGCAUUUUCCCAGGCCUUGGGCCCCUCCCGAGUCUAUCAGGAGCCAGGCCAGCGACUCCACCUCAUUCGUCAGCACCCUGGCCACGCGCACUAUCACUUCCCUGCGGCCUACCUGCUGGGCCCUUCGAGAAGCUCUGCGGCGGCGGCUCAGCCCCCGCGACCUAGACCUAGCCCCCUCCGGCCCGCCCAGGAGCCAGGCCCUGGGCCUCGGCACCAUCACCACCGCCUCCCCAGGGGGGCGGCCCCCCGGCCUCCUCCGGGCGAGUCGCAGCACCAGGCGAUGGCCCAGCUGCCCUCCGCAGAGCACUGGGGGCUCGGCCGGCUCAGAUGCUCCUCGAAGCACCCGGCUGCCUGCCCAGUGCCCCCGCGCCGGGCCCGGCCCCAUGACAGCAGCGGGUCUGGAGAGAGCUACCGCACGGAACGCAGCGGCUACCUGGCUGACGGGCCGGCCAGUGACUCCAGCUCGGGGCCCUGCCACGGCUCCUCCAGCGACUCGGUGGUCAACUGCACAGACGUCAGCCUGCAGGGCACCCACGGCAGCAGCUCCACCUUCCGUAGCUCCCUGAGCAGUGACUUCGACCCCUUGGUCUACUGCAGCCCUGACGGGGAGCCCCCGGGGGAAGAGACACACGUCAGCGUCACCUCUCGGCCCCGGUCCUUGGACUCAGUGGUGCCCCCAGGGGAAACACAGGCCUCCAGCCAUGUCCAUUUCCACCGGCACCGGCACCACCACUACAAGAAGCGAUUCCAGUGGCAUGGCAGGAAGUCUGGCCCAGAAACCAGGGCCGCCCAGCCCAGGCCUGGUGCUCCACGGACACAGCCCCCACCAGCGCCACCUUCUCCCGAUGACCAGUCCGCCAGAUCCAAGUCACUAGCCCCUUCAGGGCAACUCCCCAACCCACAAGGGCCGAAGGCCCCCACAGAGCCGGCGCCCGGCCUGGCUAAAACCUCCAGUUCCAGCCGCCCGCCCCGCAGCCUUUUCAGCUUGCAGAAACCCAGCGUCUCACCGCGGCACCCACAAAGGAAGCGGCGGGGGGGCCCCUCAGAACCCCAGGACUUGACUGCACACCCAGCCUGUCAAGUCUUUCCCCACCAUGGCCCCAGCCUGCCGUGCCCGUGGUCCCCAGAGGCCCACCCAUUGAUCUUGGGACCUUCGGGCCUGGACAGGCGGCUUCUGUCAGAACCCCCCGGGCCCUGUGGCUCAAGCUCACAACCAGUGUGGUUGUGUCUGACUCCACACCAGCCUCUGGGACCACACCCACCUGAGGAGGGGCCUUCCGCAUGGAGUCCUGACACCGCAGAGGGCACGCCAUGCCCAUACCCACACUGCCAGGUGCUGCCAGCCCAGCCUGGCUCAGAGGAGGAGCUGUGUGAACAGGCCGUGUGAGUCUUUCAGACCUGGCUCCAAUCAAGACUGGACUUUGGAUGACUCUGGGCCCCCCCAGGCAGAAUCCUGUUCCCGGGAGAAGAAGGGACCUCAGCCAGCCAGCCCCCCUCUUUUGCUGUACUUCCUGGCACAGUGGAAGAGGCGUGGUUACGGUGGGUGGCGGGAGGUGAUGUUCCCUGCUCCCAGCCUUGGAGCAGGGCUCCCCUCUUAUCUACAGGACACAUCUCCAGAGCAGUGAAGUGUGAGUCCAGCACUGCUUGUGUGUAUGUGGGGUGGGGGGAGUGGGGGGCGGCUAGCUCCCAGGCAGGGUAUGUGUCUUUGAACGCAGGAAGCUAGAGAUGGAAAGCGAGGGUGUUAGAGGUGCUGCUACCUGCCUCAGCCCCACGGGGUCCCCAUCAUCCCACAGUCCUGUCCGGACAACCAGUGGCUUCAGCUGGCUGCUGUUGACCCUUUCUCCCGCCCUUCUGCUGAUGAGCGGGGGCUCCAGCCCUGGUCCUCGUCCUCACUUGAACUGCAUCAGGGACAGCCCUGUCGUUUUUCCUUCUUUGAAAAGGACCAAGAGCAGAGGUGAGCCUUGAGCCCUGAAAAGCGGGGUCUCUGAAGCUCCCGAGGCAGCGCCUCCCUGGUGCCUAAGGGAGGAAAGUGUCCCCCCUGUUCUCAAAUUGACAGUUGCUGUAUUAAGUCACGGGGAGCCAGCGUGUGCUGUGCUGUCCCCGAGGUGGGUACAGCAUCUUGGGGAAGCUGGGAUGACAGUCUCUGAUCUUCAGACUCCUUGUCACCCUUGCGGCUCCAAUCCCUCUGGGGACCACUGCUGGGGCUGGGGUAGGAGGGGAAUGACUGUCCUUGGAGAGCUCUCGUCUCAAAGUCCCAAAGCAGGCGGACAGUGGAGGACUUGAGCAGGGCUUCACCUGGGAACGGAGAGGCUGGAAUGAGGGUGGAAGAGGCAGAUGCACAGCUGAGCAGGACAGACAGGCAGGGAUGCUUCUUCUCUGAGUAGGGAUGGGGAACAGGGGUGAGCCAAGUAAAAGCCAACUGUGGCCCCGGGGCUUGGAGGGCCAGAGGCCUAGCUCCCUGGUAUAAGCCAUACAGGUAGGGACCUUCAGGGAGCAGGUGCGUACAAGAGUGGAGGUGGAGCACAAAGUCUGGCCUGGGCAGCUGGUAGCCGAGUGGGCAAGGACUGAGAGGCCUCCCGAGGGUGACAUUCACUCCAGGGCAGCCUGGUCAUUGCUGGCCCCUCAGGCAUUAUCCCAUUUGGAAUGUGAAUGUGGGGGCAUAGUGGGCACAAGGCCCCCCACCUGGGAACGUUCUUUCCUCCGAGUCAGUGGGGAGACUAGCACCUAGGCACCCACAUGGGUAUUUAUAUCUGAACCAGACAGAAAGACGCUUGAAUCAGGCACUACGUUGAGAAAUGUAUUUAUUUGCUAAUAUAUUUAUCCACAAAUACAA